CGAGGAAGCGAUGAACGCAGCUCAGUGUUUAGCAGAAAAGCUGCUGUUCACACUGGAUGGACGCAGAGCAACAUAACAGCGGCUGUGAUAGAAAAAUACCGAACUGAGGUUCAUGCUUGGGAGGUAGAGCCUCCCACACUGCAGGAGGGAGGAGGUGUGUGUGGAAAAAGCCUGAGCGGUGACGUAGAAGUGAUGGGUCCAAGGAGGAAGGCCUCUAAACUCCAGGCUAUAGGGGGCGGCAGCAGUGGAGGGGAACUGGUCCAGAGUCCCAGUGAGCCCAAGGACUACAUCAAUGAGCUGUCCCAUGAAGUCCUCUGUCAUAUUUUCAGGUACCUUCCCAUGAAGGACAUCAUGUGUAUGGAGAGUCUGUCCAGAAAGCUCAGAGAAGCUGUCACUUUGUACCUGCGAGUGGUCAAAGUAGUGGAUCUAUGUGCUGGUCGCUGGUGGGAGUACAUGCCUUCAGGCUUUACAGACAGCAGCUUUCUUCUCCUUUUGAAGAAGAUGCCAGAUUUGGAACAGCUAUACGGUCUCCACCCUCGAUACCUGGAGAGGAGACGAAUCCGAGGCUAUGAGGCUUUCAGUAUACCUGGAGUCCUGGAGGCACUGCAAGCCUGUCCCAAUCUGCUGGGUGUGGAGACGUCUCACCUGGAGCUGGUGGAAGCCAUAUGGAACUACAUGCCUCAGGUUCACAUACUUGGAAAAUUCCGCAACCGCAAUGGAGCUUUUCCCAUUCCUGCAGAAAACAAACUGACCAUCCCCAUCACUGCAAAGAUCCAGACCCUACAUCUAGUGGGUGUGAAUGUCCCAGAGAUCCCCUGUGUGUCCAUGCUGCGCCACCUUUACCUGAAGUGGGUCCGUCUCACCAAACCGCAGCCGUUUAAGGACUUUCUGUGCGUGAGCCUGAGAACCUUCGUCAUGCGGAACUGCGCCGGGCCAACCAACUCUCUCAAAUACGUCCCCUUGGUUACUGGUUUAGCGUCGGCCCGGAACCUGGAGCAGCUUGAGCUGGUGAGAGUUCCUUUUCUGGGAGGGCUGAUCCAGCAUGUGGUGGAGGACAGCUGGAGGUCAGGAGGAUUUCGGAACCUCCACACCAUCGUGUUCGGAGCCUGUAAGAACGCUCUGGAAGUGGAUCUGGGCUACCUCAUCAUCACUGCUGCUCGCAGGCUUCAUGAGCUGCGUAUCCAGCCUUCACUGACUAAAGACGGAGUCUUCUCAGCUCUCAAAAUGGCCGAACUAGAGUUUCCUCAGUUUGAGACUCUUCAUCUGGGAUACGUGGACGAGUUCCUGCUGCAGUGCAAGAUGAGUCAUUCGGAGCUGGUGAAGUACGGUCUGGCAGAUGUCAUCGAGAACCCGGGCAUCAUCACGGAUAUUGGCAUGAAGGUGGUGAACGAGGUGUUCACUAAUAUUAAAUACCUGCUCAUCUACAACUGUCCUCACCUGCAUAACCCUCACCACUGGAUCACAGAUCAGUCCAGAUGGAGCCGUCUUGUGGACCUCACUCUUGUCCGCUGUCAUGCUGUCAAACUGGAGUCCUUCUCCCAGUUCAUAGAGUUACUGCCCAGUCUGGAGUUUAUCUGUCUGGACCAGAUGUUCAGAGAACCACCCAAGGGCUGUGCCAGGGUGGGCCUGAGCGCAGGGACCGGUAUCGGCGUUUCCUCCGCACUGGUCAGCAACCAGAACUCCAACAACGACAACGACAACAACAACAACCAUCACCACCACCACAACAACAACGAGGCCAACCUUCCCCCUGCUCCGCCACCUGUCAACAACAACCAAAGACGUCAGCAGCAACAGCAGCAGCAGCAACAGCAGCAGCAACAGCAUCAUAAUGCACCCGUUGAAGUAAAUGGAAUGGAAGAUGAGGAAGAAGAGGAGGAGGAGGAGGAGGUGAUCCUGGAGGAUGAGAACAUGGAGGCUGAGCCUCAGAUAGAGCUGAAAAGAGCAGAUGGGGAGCUGAGAGCGGGAGAAUCCGACAUGGCUCCGGGGGCCAGUCGCUCAGCCGGAGCACCACAUCCUCCAGAUGAGGAGCAAGCAGGUCCCAGCGGUGUAGUCCAGCAGUGCAGACCAGCUAACGCCGUUGUCCCCAAACCCCCUCUGGUUAUCUCAGACUCGGACAGCGAGGAAGAGGAAGGCCUUGUUUCCAGACUAAUGCCAGCUUCCUCUGUGCAGCAGCCGUCUUCCUGUUCUGAAGGUAAAGGGAAGACUCCUCUGCGGCGGAGCAACCACGUGGCCGUCGCGGUGGCUGUCUCUUCGGAUCAGACGAAGGCUCAGGUGUCCGACAGCUGUGAGAAGAGCUGUCAGGUGACCAGCGAACAGAUCAAGGCAGAUAUGAAGGCUGCUGUUGAGAACAGCAGGAGGACUAGCAGCAAAGGAAUUACUACUGAGGCUGGGGAGACCAUUGCGAGGCCAGGGUCCGAUACCGGGACGGUACAGGGCGCUGGGAGUGCCGGGGCAGCGGCGAGGACCGGAGUGAGGCCGGUUACUGGAUCUGUGGUCAGGACUGGAGCUGGGGUACCUGCGUGCAGGCAGGCGGGUGGAUGUGGGAGGGUGGUGACGGGAACCGCCCGCAGGACAACUACAACCACUGACAGAGCUACAGGAACCGGCAGGACUAAUGAUAGCACAGAGGGCCCCUCUGGAGCACAUGCUGGAGACAGUUACACAAGAGAGGGAGGGGUGAGGCUAGUGAGUUCUAGUCCUGCCUGUGUGGACGGUCCUGAGUCCAGAGGUGCCGCAGUUAACCAUGCUUCCAGGAGACAAGCGCUGCUGGCUGGACAGGGGGAGAGACAACCUGCCCCGGCUACAGGUUCAGGUUCACAGCAUGGUCAGGCCAGAGACGAGGACUUUGUUCCCAGACGACCUUUGACCCGAUCUUGCACCCGUAUGUCCUCGGUGCCCCUGGUACCGGAGACAGAUCUUUCAAGAGCCAGGUCUCGAGUCGCAGUGAGGAGGAAACGAAUGGCUGACAAAUCAACCAGCACCUCAGACCCGGUCACUGAGGAUGACCACGUACAGAUUUUGUCUCUGAAGAGUAAGAACCUGGUUGGCAUCACUCUGACCAACUGUGGAAUCACUGACCUGGUCCUCAAAGACUGUCCCAAGAUGAUGUUCAUUCAUGCCACCAGAUGUCGUGUGUUGAAGCAGCUGAGAGUGGAAAGCGCCCCCAUAGUGAACAGGUUUGAUUACGCUCAGUGUAAGAAGCUGGACAUGGAACAGGUCCUGGAUCAGAUUUUGAGAAUGCCUCCCGAGAGGAACCGCAUCAUCUACAUGCGCCCUAUGCACCAGAUUGACUCAGUAUCUUUGGAGCGUCAGCUCUUCCAGGGGCCCUAUCCUUACCACAUCGCUAUAGUGCACGAGUUCAGCAACCCGCCAAACAUACGGAACAAGGUUCGCAUUCGCAGCUGGAUGGACACCAUCGCCAACAUCAGCCAAGAGUUAAUCAAGUAUGAGUUCUUCCCAGAGGCCACCAGGACAGAAGAGGAUGUCCAGAAGUAUCCCAGAUACCCCUGGGGCAGGGACAUCUAUACGCUGGAGGGAGUGGUGGACGGGGCUCCCUACAGCAUGAUAACUGACUUCCCCUGGCUGAGGACUCUGAGAGCAGCCGAUCCCAAUAGCUACGCCCGCUAUGACUUUGAGGACGAUGAAAGCACUACCAUCUACGCGCCGCGCCGCAAAGGCCAGCUGUCAGCCGACAUCUGCAUGGAGACCAUCGGGGAGGAGAUCUCAGAGCGACGACAGAGCAAAAGAGGAGUGUUUCAGAGAGUGGUGGUCCUCUUCCUUCAUCACUGUGACACACCGGGAGAACCUGUGGAUGAUGACUACAUCUAGACGGCACGCAAAACACUGUGCCCCCCCCCCCCCCCCCGGUCGUAUCCACACGCAGUCUGUGAAACGCUGUCAGAGAUAUAUGACAGUCUGUCCGUUUUGCUGUGGGAGUCUGCAGGUCAGAGCUGUGUCCUCUCACACACACUGCCACGCACACGUUAGCUCCCGAGACGAGACUAGCUCCAUGGAGAAUGGAAUCAGUACAGUGGGAAGCCACUGGGGGGCGCUGCUAAACUUGAAUUGGACAGAACAGAAGUGGCCAUCACGUUGAAGGCACUUUGCAAAAAAAAAAAAAAAAAAAAAACUCUUCCAAAGAAUGUACACUGGCUUCAGUCCGUUUUCAGGCUGUUCAGCUUGGCGGGGGGAAAGAGAAGGGGAUGAUCUGUGGGGGAAGAUUUGUGGACGUUCUGGGAUGAUGUUGAUUUUCUCCUUAUUUGAGUAAAAAAAAAAAGAAAAUGUUGAGGUGGUGGAAAUGACAACUGAUGUCCAUUUUCAUUUGCCUGUGCUCCUGUGUGUGUUCAGCAGCCUUUCUUCUUCUUCUUCUUUUUUUUUUUCCCCCCACGCCGCCACUGACGACACUUGAUCUGAUCUCUCUCACCUGUCCACCUCCCACUGCUUGCCUACCUCUGCUCCACACGUGACGUCACGCUCACUGACACGCAAACUAAGAAAGCCUUUUAAUUCACUUUUUAAGUUUUCCUUUGGAGUUUAUUAUUAUUAUUAUUAUUUUUAUCUUUCAACAUACACAAGUCUACAGACUUUGCCACCAUCAUCUCCGUCUUUAUCAUCAUCGUCAGCAUCGUUAGUGGGAGCUGCUUAACAUUGCUGUGUCACGGUAACACUACAUGUAUGGUGCUCGUGCUGCUCGUGCACGUAAUCAGCUUUAUUUAGUCCUUCCGACUCUUGUUUUUGAUCAGUGAACGAGGAGCAGGAGCAUGUGGAGAAUCAGAUGUGAGUUCUGAGAUGAGUCUGGGGUUUUUUUUUGGAAUUGUGACUUUUUCAUUAUUCAGAGUUUUGUUUUUUUUUUCGCCAUGGAGCGAAAUCAGACAGCUUGAUAUAAAAGUGUGUAUAUUUCCACAGAUGGAGAUGCUCCUGUUUCUAAAAGUGAAUGACUCUUGUCUAAAAGGAACUGAACCAUCAAACUGUUUAAAGCCUUUUUUUUUUUUUUUUUUUUUUUUAAAA